UCUAUACGAUUAAUGCAUGCCAAAAACAAGGACAGCUAGCGUACUGCCUCUCUCCAUCCCUACCCCUCUUACAAUAUCUGUAUUUUCUUCCUCCUCUGCUCUGAGCGUUCGGCUGAGUGGUUGCACUGCCGUUCAGUCUGCUGCUCUCAUCUCUGAAUGCACCGGGAAUGAUGGUGUAAAUGAGUGUAGGCCUCGGCUACUCGAGGACUCCGUAAGGACUGCCUGAGAGUGGGAGAGAGGUAAAGAGACAGCGAGAGAGGCAGUAAGAUACUCAGUGAGGACUGCCUGAGAGAGAUAGAGGGAAGAAGUGUGGGUGAGGCAAUAAGAGAGGCAGGAUGAUGAGUGUAAACAACGACGGGAUGAGGACCGGCCAAGACACAGCACCCAACGGCACAACAAGAGCAUCCUGGGAAAGAACCAACACUGUGUCUAACCCAUCCACUCCCACCAAGCAUCUCAAAUCGCCUAAGCCUCAGAAUGCCAUCACCAUUGCGGUGUCAUCGCGGGUCCUCUUCAACAUGGAUAAGGAGCAGCAGAUCUACGAACAGAAAGGCAUGGAGGAGUACCUCAAGUACCAGAUAGAACACGAGACAGAGCCCUUCGGCCCUGGUCCUGCUUUUCCUUUCGUUAAGGCUCUGGAGGCAGUGAAUACUCGGCUGAGGGAGCUAUACCCAGAGAGUGAGGAGCUCUUUGACGUUGUGCUCAUGACCAACAACCACGCACACGUCGGCCUCCGACUCAUCAACACCAUCAACCACCACCGGCUGUUCAUUGAGCGUUUCUGUAUGACGGGUGGUAACAGUCCCAUUGGGUACCUGAAGGCUUACCACACUAACCUGUACCUGUCUGCUGACCCCAUGAAGGUCAGAGAGGCCUUGGAAGAAGGGAUUGCGGCAGCCACCAUGUUUAACCCACCAGAGAAGCGAACAGAAGUGUCAGAGACUCAGCUGCGGGUGGCCUUCGAUGGGGACGCAGUGCUCUUCUCUGAUGAGUCAGAGCGCAUCUAUAAGGCCCAUGGACUGGACAAGUUCUUUGAGCAUGAGAAGGCACAUGAGAACACGCUUCUUGACCAUGGUCCACUGAAGGGGUUCCUGGAGUCUCUGGGGAAACUGCAGAAGAAGUUUUACGCCAAGGGCCAGCGUAUGGACUGCCCCAUCCGCACCUACCUGGUGACGGCGCGCAGCGCAGCCAGCUCAGGCACCCGGGCCCUGAAGACACUUCGAUCCUGGGGACUCGACACCGACGAGGCCCUCUUCCUUGCUGGGGCCCCUAAGGGGCCUAUGCUGGAGAAGAUCCGGCCUCACAUAUUCUUUGACGAUCAGAUGUUCCAUGUGGAGGGGGCUGCGGAGCUGGGGACUGUGGCGGCUCAUGUGCCCUAUGGUGUGGCUCAGAAACGGCCCCAGAAGAAGCUUGCUGAGGAGAACGCUAAAGACUCUAGCGCUGCCGCCAAGUAGUCUGUACCUCACCCUCUUCCCUAUCCCUGUGACAGCAAGGGACAACAAAACAACAUUGUGAAUUUGAAGGAGACAGUGGUUCUGUAAGUCCUUUUCAGUCCCCUCUUAGUUGUCUGGGUAGUGAAGCCCAUAGUACAUGACAAUUGCAGGGGCACAGAGUGAGAGCAUGCUGUUUUCAUGCCUGCUAUGUGAUCGAGGAUUCCUCACAAGAGGAGGCGCCAGUAUACCUAAAAGAAAAGCUUCAAUAUUGUCAUGCUUGCAGUAAUGUUAGUGCACUAUGCUAUCUGUAUCAUAGCAUUAAAGAUCCAAUAACAUUGUCAUCUAAAAAUCAACCUAAACAUAUGCUACACAGUAUUUAUAGAGUUUACAAGUCUUUGACUUGUAGCAACAACAUUAGAUUUUGUUGACACAUUCAAAUUAUGUGAAACUCCAGAACCAAAACAUUUAAAAAUGUUAUAAGAGUACAGUGGGCUAUACCUGUAUAAUUUCAGCAUAUCACUUAGGUUGAAAACAUGUUUACUGAAUAUGUAUUUGAUGUUGUUGACGUAAUAUUUUGCUCUGUUCUUUUGUUUCUAAUCUAGACACCUUUUAUUGUACGUUUGCAUGGUCCUCAUGCAAGUUACUGUAUGUGCUGUACUGAGAUGGCAACCUAAAGUGCUAAUGGACCAUCUCCUCUCUCAUU